AUGAGUAAAACGAGAUCAUCGGCGGAUACUAAUAGCGACGUGGAGCAGCUUCCACCGCAAAAUACUCCACCACGAAUUCCACUGCCGGCGAUGUCUGAGGAUAGCAUUGAGGCUUACUUUUACUCGCUGGAGUUUUGGUUUGAAGCCUCACGUGUUUACUCUGAUACAGCCAAAUUCAACAUAGUACUUGCAAGCGUACCUCCGGCAAAAUUACUACAGAUGCGUACUCUUAUUGAUGAUACACCAGCAACGGACAAAUUUAGCUACAUUCGUCGUAAAAUCAUCGAAAAUUUCGCCGAGAGUCAACAACGCCGUCUUCAACGUGUUUUGAAAGAGCUUCCACUGGGUGACCGAAGGCCGAGCGAUUUGUACAAUGAAAUGCGACGAACAGCAGGUACCACGCUCAGCGAGAGCAUACUACAUGAUCUCUGGGUCAGCCGCUUGCCACCGUACGCACAAGCAGCUAUCAUCGCCACUAGCGUUCCAAUUAGUGACAAAAUUAAAAUCGCUGAUUCUAUCACAGAAUGUUUAUCAUUGAAGGACGGUGGACAAAUUUUUGAGGUUAGAUCCGAAUCGCAACCGCAGGGUGAGUUAAGUGAUAUACGAAACGAAAUUGCUGCUCUUUCGAAAACCGUAGGACAGUUGAUGCGGAACGUUAAAUCCACCGGACGGCAGCGCAGUAGAUCUACGUCACGUGGGAGACCGGUAAUUCAACAUACGAACAGUUUUUGUUGGUAUCAUGCAAAAUUUGGUGCAAAUGCCACUAAAUGUCGCCAACCGUGCUCGUUUACUCCAGUAUCCAGUUCAAGUCAAUAG